UGUAUGCACCAGCGGUAUUUGUGUAUUUUAGCUCAGCGCCAGGGAAAACCGGACAUUCGGAGUUGCUCCGUGUGCGCCGUACGUAACGCACGCUUAACCACAUAAAUAAUACAGUCUCAAUUUCUCAACCUACAGUGAAGAUGUGGAAAUUUGCCGUCUCGUUUGCGACCGUGUUCACCCUGCUGGCUUCAUCUCGAGGCCAGGAGGAGUAUCUGACCACGGUUGACCUCUGGGCCUUUUGGAAGCUACCUGUCCGCGGAGCCAUGACCAACACGAACGUGAGAACGACUUGCGAAAGGGCUGGGAUGACAUACCCGUGCUAUCUGUCCGGCACAGCCUCCUGCACCCACUUCUGGACCUCGGGAUGCAUCGUGUACGACGACGCCGGCGUCAGCUGUGACACUUUCGUGGUCUUGUCGGAGAAGCUGUGUGGAUCCAGUGAUGCCUGGGGCAGUAGAUGUCACUACCUUUAUGACACGUUCGUGUACAUCCCCAACUGGCAGAGCGACGACAGCGCCUACGGUGUGGGCUUCAGCCACUCUGGCAACGCGUGGGGUCUGCAUGGGGCAAACUACACCGACAAGUACGCCCUGUGUGCAGAAGUUGACGGGUGUAGCAGCGAUCCCUGUCAGAAUGGAGCAGUAUGCCAGCGGGAGGUGAACAGCUUCACCUGUCAGUGCACACCUGGUUAUACUGGGACGUUCUGUGAGACAGAUAUCGAUGACUGUGCGUCGAACCCAUGUAUCCAUGGCAACUGCGUCGACCACGUGAACCAUUACCUCUGUACAUGCGAGUCGGGGUGGGCUGGGAUCAACUGCAACCAAGAAAUCGACGAGUGUGCCGGUGUACUCUGCCAGAAUGGAGGAGUCUGCCAUGACCAGCUGAACAACUUCGCCUGUCAGUGUGCCCCUGGGUUCAUCGGAGCACACUGUGAAUACGAGAUCAACGAGUGCCACAGCUCACCAUGCGUCCAUGCCCUGAACUGCAUCGACGGAGUGAACAACUUCACCUGCCAGUGUGAGCCUGGGUGGACCGGACACAGAUGCGACAUAGAUAUUGACGACUGCAUCAGCAAUCCGUGCUACUAUGGAGGGACGUGCGUGGAUAAGGUCAACGGCUACACCUGCCUCUGCCCGAAGGACGUACUUGGAGAAAAGUGUGAAACAGUUUUCUUCUCUGAAGGAUGUUACCAGUUCUCGCCCGACGCCCUCUCCCACCCUGAUGCCCAGCAGGCCUGCAGUACCAAGAACGGCCACCUGGCGGACGUGAAGGACGGGCAGCAGCAGAGCGCCAUCGCUGCCGGCAUCGCGGCCACCACUGGAGUCUCCAACUGGCUCGGGCUGAAGUUCCUACCGGCAACUCUCGCGUACAGCGACGGGUCUAUUGCCUCAGCCCCGUUACAGUGGUCCUCGGCUGAACCCGCCUCUCCAUGUGACCUGUGUGUGUUCCUGGACAGCUCUGACGGCUACCUGGCAAAAACCACACCGUGCACAGAACGGCACAGCUACGUCUGCCAGGCUGACAUCAAGCUGUGCGACUCAAACGUCUGUCAGAAUGGCGGUAACUGCACUUCCUGCUUCGACGAGUCCAACACCUUCUGUGAGUGUCUCGCUGGGUUCGAGGGGAAGUACUGUGAGACUAACAUCAACGAGUGCGCCUCCAACCCCUGCCAACACGGGGGAAGGUGCGUUGAUCUGGUGGAUUCCUACAGUUGCCGCUGCCCGACUGGUUUCAGCGGGGACAACUGCGAAUCAGACAUCGACUGGUGCCUCCAGGUGACCUGUCCGUUCGACUGGACCUGCCAGAAUGAGAUCACCCACUUCCUCUGUCUGGCACCAGUCGUUCGCCUGCUGGAGCCCUACCGGUGCAGCAGCGCCUCCUGUCCAGAUGGCAUGUACUGCAGGGAGGACGGCGGUGGAUCGUUUUCGUGCUGGGUGAACUAACCACCUGCCGGCAAAACUUAAUCUGCUUGGAGAUUAGUCAAAACUGGAGCGACGACCUCGGAGCUUUUACAUUGAUUGAUCAUUCUACUCUCUCGCUGAUCGUGGAAGUAGAGAAAGGCCACAAAAUGUCCCAACCAGCAGUGCUAAUGUAGUGUUGUAAUACUAUAGUUAUUAGGACAUUGUUAUGUCAUAACGCGUAUGGUGCACGCGAAGCUUUUUCAUGUCCCUUGAAUGUUAGAUGUCAGUUGGUAUUGUAAACCUUUUGCUGUAGAGAAAAUUGAAUCUUUGCUUUGUCUAUUAAAAAUG